CCUACACGCGCUGUAACUGUUACCUAAAAGCGUAAGAUUAAAGAGUAGACGCGUAAUAAGAGUAUUAAGCUAAAGCAGAGCUUGUACACAAAGUUUUAGAUAGACUAGAUUAUACUACCUUCUAUCACAGAUAGUAAAAUUCCCUAGAACGCUUUCAAAAAUAUUAAUAUUUACGUGCCCAUAACAGUUCUAGAGAGUACUGUCUACAUACUGCUAAGAGGCAUAGCACGCAUCUACUAAAAGCUUAACAUUAAACACGCAGAAGCAUGCACUAGCUUUAAGUUUAGAAAGCAGCGCGCUGUACCUAUUAUUACUAGUGUUGUUAUAGCAGUAAAGAAUAAGAAAAUAGUUAUCAAUGCUUGGGAGGUCGAACAAGCUGAGAGAGCGAGGAAGGAAGCAGAGAAACGGCAGUUGCUUGUGUUAAAGACGUAGAAGAAGCUCCUGAGCAGCUUGCGCAUCGUCGAGCGCAUGAAAGUGGAGUAUGGUGAAGACGUCGAACUUCCGCCGAAGAAGGCCGAGCCUGUGCCAAAAGCCAAAAGCAAGGAGAACAAGUCCGAGUGGGAGGUCUUCCAGAACCACGACGACUUCGAAGGGGGCUUUCUCCGUGAAGAUGAGCCAGCCGACAGUACCCUUGUGCGAGAAGCACCAGGUCAAGCUCGUUUCGACGAUGGGGACAUGGCAGGCGGCUUCUUCGCUGCCAGUCAAGAAGAGCCAGAGCAUGGUGAUCUGACCAUCGAUCACGGUAAUACAGAAGCCGAGACCCACAGAUCUGUGGUUGAGUCGUCGUACCAGACGCCUAUGUCGCUCACAUCCACCUUACAGCAGCCAGCAGACCAAAGCAGUGCACCAGACGACCAUGAGGACGAGAUUGUGGAUCUAGAUUCACCCGCCGACACCGAAGAAAACUCGGGCGAUGAAUCUCCACCACCGCGUCGCAAGACUACUGCCACCCGAGGUCGCGCUCGAAGUCGCGCCACCAAAGCCACGCCAGCUAGUACACGCAAGCGCAAGUCGAUGCUGGUCGACUCAUUGGAUGACGAAGACCUUGCAAUACCUGACCUUCCACCGACCCCGCCUGCGUCCACUCGCGCAGCGCCCAAGCGGAAGGCUGCGCGCAAGAGCGAUGCACAUGUCAAGAGUCACUUCUUCGCCGAGGGGAGUGAGAGCGAGACCGAUCUCACGGAUAUCACGGAUUGGGCGUCACCGAAGAAAGCGGCAAGAGGUGGGAAGAGCGCGAGAGGGUGGGGCAGAGGACGAUGACUAGGACGAGGGAAGGGUAUGGCUUGAACGCUAUUCUAAUUCAGAGCGCCAGAAAAACAAAUCAGUAAUUAGAAACAUCCUAACGACUAGAUUUGAGG